AUGGAUUCACAAGAACCUGAUACAGCCAGUGGAAAAUUUGUCUACCUUGCUCAACUUAGCCCACAAAAUAGAAGCUACUUUGUGGUGCAGGAAGAGAAGAUCAACUGUUGCAUUAAACUCAAACGUCGCUAUUCAAAGACAUUGGAGUUGGUUCAGGAAUUGAAACAUAAUGGGCUGCAAAGGGACAGUGUGAUGCAUGGGAUACUUUUGGCCGUUUGUGCUUCAAAUAGUCUACAUGAAGAAGCUGAGAGCUACUUUAACUGCAUGAAGGAUGAGGGUCAUUCGCCUAAUCUAUAUCACGAUAGCUCGUUUCUAAAUGCUUACUCUUCAGGUGGAAACUAUGAGAAGGCUGAUGAGUUGGCUCAAGAAAUGAAAUCUUCAGGGUUAGUACCAAAUAAGGUAAUAUUGACUACAUUAUUAAAGGUAUAUGUCAGAGGGGGUUUGUUUGAUAAAUCAAGUGAACUAUUAGCUGAGCUGGACACUUUAGGCUAUGCUGAAGAUGAGAUAAAAUUGGCUCAGUGCACAUCUGCUCAUUCAACCUUAUACAAGUUACAAAGUGCCUUAAUCUCUUCCCUCCCAGCCACCCANUCAAAGUGGCGUUGGGCUUCCCUCCUCAUUGUCAGCGUCACUCAUGGUUUUGGAUUGAAUUUGGUGUCAAAGUUUGCAAUUUCGAUCGAAAAUGUGGACUGUAUCGCCGGAAAUGGCACAGAUUUCGUUUACGCUGUGUCGUCUCUUCCCGCUUUAAGACCAUCCCAUGACUCUGCAACUGCCGCUACAACAACAACAACUACAAUUGUUGUCAAAGAACAAACACCAGCUACUACACUCAAAUCUCGAAGAAACCACAAAUCCAACUCUUACUUAUCCAGAAAAUCCGCUGUUCUUCAAGUUCAACAAUCCUAUGACUUGGCUUCAUCUCUUCAAAGCUUCUAUAUCCCACCUGCAGAUGGCUAUGCCCAUAGUAUCAUGAUUUCAGCAUUCUGCCGCAGUGAGCUUUUUGAAGAGGCAAAGCAGUUGGCCAAGGAUUUUGAAGCAAAGUUCGACAAAUAUGACUUGGUCUUGUUAAAUACAAUGCUCUGUGCCUAUUGCAGAGCAGGUGAAAUGGAGAGUGUGAUGCAUGUAAUGAAGAAAAUGGAUGAAUUAGCCAUCAGUCCUGACUAUAAUACUUUUCAUACUCUCAUAAAAUAUUUCUGUAAGGAGAAGUUGUAUCUGCUUGCUUAUCGGACCAUGGUGGACAUGCAUAGUAAGGGCCAUCAACCGGAGGAGGUAGAGUGA